AUGCCAGAGAAUCCUAACUCAACAUUAACAAGACAAGGCAUUCCAAAAUUAUUAUCAACUACAAAAUCAAAUACUUCUACUAAUAAUAUUUCUGGUUCUGGUUCUGGUUCUAGUUCAAGUAGUCCAAACUCCCCAAUAAUUGAAAGUCAAAAUUUACAACAACCUCCAAGACGACCUUCUUUUGGUUUAAAUUUUUUAAAUAACUUUACAAUGAGGUCACAAUCAGAUACAACCACCACCCAACCACCUCUACAUCAUCAUAAUCUAAUGUCAAAUAGUCCUACUAUUGCAAAUAUAAAUAAUUAUGUUGUAGAUGAUGAUAAUGAUAUAACUUCAACUUCAUUUCAUGAUACUAAUGAAGAACCACAACUAGAAAAUUCAUCAAUUUCACGUCCUCAAGUUCAACAUACAGCAACUGCAGUUUCAUCAUCUUCAACGAACAUGUUGUCAAGUGCAACCACCGAAAAGGAGAAAACAGAUAAAGAUGGCCAAUAUGCAGUAAGAUUGACUCCAUUAAUUGAUCAUUCAUCAUCAUCAAGUGGAUUAUAUUUUAGUCCAAUUAUAAGAAAAUUAAAACCAGGUUCAAAUUUAAGUAUAGGUAGAUAUACUGAAAAAAAUAAAGCAGCUGCUCAUGCAAAACAAGGAUCAUCAGCACCAGUAGUUUUUAAAUCAAAAGUUGUUAGUCGAACUCAUGCAUUAUUAGAAUGUAAUGAAGAAGGUCAAUGGUUUUUAAAAGAUUGUAAAAGUUCACUGGGGACUUUUUUAAAUCAUAUAAGAUUAUCACCAGCAUCUCAAGAAUCUUUAUUAAUGCCAAUAAUAGAUGGGGAUAUAAUUCAAUUGGGUAUGGAUUAUAGAGGUGGAACAGAAGAAGUUUAUAGAUGUGUUAAAAUGAGAUGUGAAUUUAAUAAAAGUUGGCAAAGAAAAGUAAAUCAAUUUAAUUUAGAAAUUCAUCAAAAAUUUAAAAAUUUACAUUUGAAUGAUGAUUCAAUUAUAAAUCAAAAACUUAAUGGUGGUGAUGGUGGUGAUUCAUCGAAUAAUGGAGAAUGUGCAAUAUGUUUAAUGAAAGUUGAUCCAUGUCAAGCAAUUUUCAUUAGUCCUUGUUCUCAUCAUUGGCAUUAUAAAUGUAUUAGACCAAUUAUUAUAAAAAGUUAUCCACAAUUUUAUUGUCCAAAUUGUAGAACAAUGUGUGAUUUGGAAACUGAUUUGGAUGAUGAUGAUGAUGAAGAUGAUGAUGAUGAAAUAAAUAAUAAUAAUGAAUGA